AUGGCUUCGACCCGGCCCGCUCCAUCUACCCUCUCCAGAUCGGCGGCCCUAGCAAUUUGGCCCGAAGGAACAGAUAACUGUUUGUUUGAGUUGGGGAAAAAUUUCGAACUAGGAUUAUCGACAAGAGGGCCGCCACCGACCUCUUCCUCAAUCGCCGCCAGAUCCCUCGACGGUCAAGAAACAUGCCCUCCUCCGCCGCACGGGUCCCUCGCUCCAUUGUUCCCUCUGGCUUCCGACACGGAGCCUUUGUCAUUGCCUCGGAGAGAGCUGCAUCAUCCGCCCUCAAUUUGUCUCCCAAUAUCUAGUGAUCAGUCCCCUCUCCUUCAUUCUUUCCCUCUUCCGGUCCCCGGCGAACCACCCGAUCAGGCUCCCCGUCACCGAUCACCUUAUUCCUUCCUCCCGAUAAGCAAUUGCGCCGGUGGUUGA